AUGGUCGAGCGGUUUCACCGUCAGCUGAAGGCCUCCCUACGCGCCGCAGACGAUCCGGAGAACUGGACAGACCACCUCCCCCUUGUCCUCUUGGGCAUUCGCUCCUCCCUCAAGUCGGACCUUGAUUGUUCUGCCGCUGAACUCGUGUUCGGUGCCACCGUCCGACUUCCCGGUCAGAUGAUCUCGCCAACCCCGCUAGUGGCAGUUGAGGAUCCCACCAACCUCCUGCAUCGCCUCCGGCAAUUCCUGUGGACACUUUCUCCGGUUCCGCCCAGGCCAUCCGUCUCCGAAUCUUACCUCGAGAAAGAUUUGGCGACAUGCUCUCACGUCUAUCUCCGAUGUGAUCGAGUCCGCAGGCCCCUGGAACCACCCUACGAUGGUCCCUUCCGAGUUAUCUCUCGUGGGACGAAGAACUUCCGCAUCCAACGCGGGCACUCGCGAGGAGGUCGUGAGCAUGGACCGUCUCAAAGCUGCCGUCCCGGACACUCCUCCGGAUGA